GUUUUGCCCGAUACAGAAUAACAGAAAGAAGCUCCUUGCGAAUCUUAUAUUUUUUGAACGUGUUUAUUAUAUUUGGAACUUGUUUUGUUGGCUCUAUUGUGAUAAGAGGAGUGUUGACCACCCGACAGAGGAAGAAACCAUUGCUAGGAAUAUAAGGAACCUCGUAAUAAAACGCAUACUAAAAUCCAUUUUAUACGACUGCACUUUUAAACAGGAUUUAAUACCGAACAUUAUUGGAUAAAAUAUGGCAGGUUGCGGUACACCAUCCGAUAUAACAGGCGGCUCGGUGCUCACAACCGGUCCAUACAGGAACGGUUCCUAUGCCGUAUAUACGUGCACCAGCGGAUACGUGAUGUCCGGUACGGCGUACAUAGAGUGCCUGAAUGGAAUCUGGAGCGUGGAUCUGCCUGCGUGCUCUAAACAAGACUACAACCAGGUCUACAACUACAUCACAGACAACCACCAGGAUAUUCCUAAUUGGCUGUUAUGGAUGUUCGGGGCUAUAGCUGGUCUACUCAUCCUCCUGCUACUCGCGUGUGUUUUUGCCUGGUGCCUUCAAUGCCUAGGAUGUUUCGGACGGGGUUCAUUGUUCGGAGAAAUGAACCCUCGUGGCUCGCCGUGUAUGUGUUGUAGGCGACAGAGCUACGACACAGCUCGCCGGAGUUGUUCGACGUUUCCGCGCAAGUACGAGUACGAUGAAGACGGUCGGCGGUAUCACCUUGACGACAACGGCAUGGCGUGCUACUACCAGCACAAGAACAAUUCACAUGGAAAAGUUAUGCAUAAUGGGGUAGAUGGUUCAUCAGAGAUACGCCGGACUUGUAAGACAUUUCCGCGCAAGUACGAGUACGAUGAAGACAGUCGGCGGUAUCACCUUGACGACAACGGCAUGGCGUGCUACUACGAGCACACAAACAAAUCAAAUGGAAAAGCUGUGCAUUACGGGAUAGAUGGUUCAUCAGAGGUCUCAACCCCACGACCAACAUUCGUGCAGGCGGUAAACGAGGUGAUGGUAGAAAAACGACAGCUGCCCGCAAAAGAAAUCCAUGUCUGGAAACCGCAUGCCAACCCCGUCCGCAACAUCAACACCAGCACGAAGUAGCCACUAAACAGGAUGCUUAAAGUAUCGAGAAACAAGAGAAUCAUUGGAUAACACUAGCACUGUCUCUUAGUCAACGAAAGCAUCGAAAACAACCGAUCAUUUAGAAAGUGACGUAUCUCGAAAAACUUCUCUUCUAUUUAAGAUGCUGUUUUCAUCAUUCCAAAUACGGAUGCUUUUCAUGUGUUUGAUAAUUAUAUUGAAGAGAAGAUUAAAAUCAACAUUAAUUGCACAAUUUUCAAGACCUAUUCGUUACGAUCAAAAUAUUUAUAACACAAUGAAUUAUUAGUGUAAAAACACACACCAGAUGAAGACGAACAGGAUAUUUAUCAAGCCGGUCCUCGUUGAAAAUCGUAGUUAUUAUGCAUGCCUUUGUUAAUGCUUUUUGAAAUGUUUUCUAGUACUAAGUUAUUAUAUUUUCCGUACGUUUCGUAUUGCUUGUGUUUGAGCAUUAAGCUGCAGGUAUUUAAAGGUAGUAGUUCAAACCAAAAGUAAAUAUAGUUGCAUCCGUUUGAGUUUGGUUUUGAUGAAGAAAUCUAUCGCCAUACAAUUGUGUUUAUAGUGCUUCAAUAAUUGGCUAAACGGAAGUCAGGAGCGUGU